UCGUUUUACAAGUUUAAGUAAGAAUUCAGUCGCGACUUCAACCCCGCACAUCGCGUUUGUGUGCUUUUCGUUUUUAUUCUUUAUUUUUUUUAUCGCAAAUCACAUCGAAAAAUGGGAGACGUAGAAGUGAGUUCUAAUUUCACGAUUACCGAAAAGAAGACGAAAAAAGUGAAAAAGACGACUACGAAACAACGCAGAGGAAGCAACGAACAAACCGAAAUUACCAUUCAGGAACUUAAGAAUGGAAACGAGGGGUAUGUGUUGGCAUAAAACGUUGAGGGAAUUUCAAAAAAAAACAAUGCAGAGAAACACCCCACCUGUUACUUUUUUCCACGGAAAGAAAUACGAGUGACAAAGUGGUAGUGUUUGAAAUGUGUCAAAACUAAUUCAGUUUUAUUACCAGUUUUUGUUUUACCCCCUUUUUUUUAAUACGAUAUUUUGGAAUUUAUUUAAACACAAAACGUACGCACAUAACACGGAAUUCAUUCAAUUUUCGUAACACCCUAUAUAACAUCAUAUUUAAAUUAAUUUUUUUCUAGUAUUUCACUAAAAAAUAGUAAUAGGGGAUGUAAGUUCGAGGGUUGUUACUAAAGCUUCGAGAUAGAAAAAUAAAAUAAAAAUUUAUAAUUUGAUAUGGCUUCAUUCUUUUUCAAAAUAUUCACACUUUUGUGUUUGUUUGAAUAAUUUUUUCCAUUCCGAUUGAGGUACCUCCAAAACAUUUGAUUAGAACGCAUCAACCACUACUUCAGUUGACCUCGCGAUUUAUUUUUCAUCUACAAGAAUAUGAAGAAAUCAUUGAGUGCCAUUGGCGGAUGACCCAUCAAUCAAAACAGUUUUUGUUUGAACCGACGUGUGGGAGCUCGCCUUGUCGUGGUGGCCAAUAAUUCUUAUUCUGCGAUUGGUUUUCCUGAUUUUCUCGAACACUUUUGGCAAAAAAAUGCUGAUGUACUAUUCAGAAUUAACCGUUCUACUUUGCUCUAAUGAAAACCAUUUGCUGCGAAGCGCUUCGUGCGCAACUUUUGCUAGAUUUGGCUCGUCUUGAAGGCCCAAUACAGUCGAUUGUUGUUUAGCUUCAGCUUCAUAUGCAUAGAUCCAUAAUUCGUCGCCUAUCAUGAUCUUAGAGAUGUUAUUUGAAGCUGCGUGAUUGAAUUUUUUGAUCCAACUCGAACAAAUCGUUUGAUUGCCAAAUGUACAUGCUAAAUUGAAUGUAUGCGAAUAGAAUUAAUGUCCCAAGUACGCCCCAAUCCCUUGGUAUGUCACAUGACGAUCUUGGGAUAUCAGUUUUCGCACAGCAUCGAUGUUUUCUGGCACGACAGCUGAUUUUGGAUGACCUCCAUGAAAUUCAUCCUGUAGCGAAGUUCGACUAGCGGAUCAAGUGACCCGAGAUGGCGCUUCAUUAUCAAAAGUCGAAGCGAGUUAAUAAAUACACUGGUUGGUUUAGUCCACGUCGAAAGUCAUAAAAAAUCAUCAUACAACUCGAAUAGUACUCAAAUGACAACACGUUUUGAGUACGUUCACCAUUAAAAAUGUCAAACUUAAUGAUGGAAACGUCAACUUUGACAUUAUCACAUCAGUGUUGCCGUAUCUCAAAACUACCAACAGUAUUCUGCGUUCUACAUUCUCGUCAAUUAAAACGCUCUACAUUCUUGUCAAUUGAAGCGCUCUACAUGCUAGUCAAUUAAAACGCUCUACAUUCUCGUCAAUUAAAGCGCUCUACAUGCUCGUCAAUUGAAGCGCUCUACAUGCUAGUAAAUUAAAACGCUCUACAUUCUUGUCAAUUGAAGCGCUCUAUAAGUUCGCCAAUUAAAGCGCUCUACAAGCGAUACGGGCUCAGUAAUUAAAGCGCUCUACAAGCUCAUCAAUUAAAACGCCUCAAAAACAAUGAUAUGUUACAUUCGAAUUUAUAAUAUACAUUGAGCAUUUUUUUUAAUGAGGUCAGAAUAUUGAGGAGAUCUGUAGUUACGCGAAAAGUUUAUAGUUACUUUGACAAACGCCAUACAAACUUCUCGUUCUUAUCAUUUAAGGUGAUAAUGAAUCCUGAAUCUUUCUUUAGUUUUUUGACGUCGGGUCCAACAAUUUUAGACCAGUUCCAUCUUUGUCCAUGGCUUUUACAAAAUUUUUUGAUUAUCCCUAAUUCGAUGUGCAUAUUAUCUUAACGGGGUCAACUAAAGGCCAAUUUGGUAGUGAAGGAAAUUUAUUUCCUUUAUGUAGCAGUACAACGUUUGGACUUGAUUUUGAGGAAUCAAUGAAGAGUCUUCAGUCUUCCGACUUAUUUUCAUAACCCAUAAUUCCUCCAUGUCAUUAGAGUACACAAAAUCGUUCUCUUCUGAAAACAUCUUGAACAUCUUUUUCUUUGGGCAAAUCCAAAUCUCUUAUGAAAUCAUUAAGCUCCAAUUGGUUGGAGGUGCUUGAGGAAUGGCAGAAGCUGCAGAUUCUGUUCCAAUUUCUUCAUUUUCAGAAGUUCUUGAACACCAUAAACUGGAAAAGGCUCAGGAACUUCUUCCGAGGGUUUGCUUGAUUUCCUCGAAAAACCUUUGCAGAAAUAACAGUCGUCCAUCAAACCAACCGGUCAAAUUUCUAUAACAUGAGAUAGAGCAGGUGUGUAGCACUCAAUAUUCGUCCUGUUUGCGAAUAUCCAGGUUGAAAUAUGCACCAUAGCACUUGAAGGUCGGGAAAAUUAACACAUUUGUAUGACAUUAUACACGAAUCAGCUGUCAACUAACUUCCAAAUGUAACUUCGAGAAAAUCAUCAAAAAGUUGGGGGCGCUACCAAUAAAAUAAAAAAUUCGGAAACAAUCAGAUCUACCUGACUUCAGGCCAUAGUUUCCGAAAAGACCUUUUAUUAUCUUUAUAGAUAUGACAUACACUUUUUCGCAGUGUAUUCACUGUUCUAAUAAAUUAAACUUUUCGAAUGAAGUAGACAUUUUUCUGACAUUUUUAUUCUAUCUAUCUUAUAUAACCUUCAACCUAAAAAUUCUUCUUUUUUAAGUUACAAAAAAUGACAUUUGAUCAUCGACAAAUAAAACUUUAAUCGCAAAUAAUUAGAAAUCGUUAACAACUUUCGACUAUAAAAAAUCUUUUAUUUAGUAAUUGAAGUAUAUAAUUAGUUUUUAAAGCAUGUUUAAAACGAUUUUCAACAUUGAAAUCGCUGAAUUACAAACACUACCAAUUUCGACAACACUUGACGUCUGUCAAUAUUAUGCCAUCACAUACCCCCAACUCACAAAAGUUGAUUUUCAGUGGCGAGUACACGAAGGCAAUGAACAAAGAUUGGCAUGGUCAACAUUUCUGUUGUUGGCAAUGUGACGAGAGCCUUACAGGACAACGUUAUGUUCUUCGCGACGACCAUCCUUACUGCGUCUCCUGUUAUGAAAACGUCUUCGCCAAUGCUUGCGAAAAAUGCAGUAGAAUUAUUGGUAUUGACUCCAAGGAUUUAUCUUACAAAGACAAACAUUGGCAUGAGGCUUGUUUCCUUUGCACCACUUGCGGGGAAUCUUUGGUCGACAAGCAAUUUGGAUCUAAAGGUGACAGGAUCUAUUGCGGAAACUGUUACGAUCAACAAUUUGCAUCGAGGUGCGAUGGGUGCCACGAAAUUUUCAGAGCUGGUACCAAGAAGAUGGAAUACAAGACCAGACAAUGGCACGAGAAGUGCUUCUGUUGCUGUGUAUGUAAAGUACCCAUCGGUACCCAAAGCUUUAUUCCUCGAGAACAAGAAAUCUACUGCGCCAAGUGCUAUGAGGAGAAAUUUGCUACGCGCUGCAUCAAGUGCAACAAGGUUAUAACCAGCGGCGGGGUGACAUAUAAGAACGAACCAUGGCACAGAGAAUGCUUCACCUGUACGCAUUGUCAACGUAGUUUAGCCGGUGAACGUUUUACAUCUCGCGACGACAAACCCUACUGCGCGGAAUGUUUCGGCGAAUUAUUCGCGAAACGUUGUACCGCUUGCAGCAAACCUAUAACCGGUAUCGGAGGCACCAAGUUCAUAUCAUUCGAAGACCGUCAUUGGCACAACGAUUGUUUCUUCUGCGCCUCCUGCAGGACAAGUUUGGUCGGUCGCGGAUUUAUCACCGAUCAGGAAGAUAUCAUAUGUCCUGAUUGCGCCAAAGCCAAAUUGAUGUAAUUCGAGGAGGUGGUAAAAACAAUCGUCAUGGGUUAACUUAUCGGUACAAUUUUGAGCUUGAAAAUAUGGUUCGAGGGAACAUAUCAGAAAUACAAAUGUUAACCUAGUGAUUGAUUUUUGAAAAAAAAAAUCUCAUACUUGACAGGAUUAUGAUACAAAAUUUCACACGCACACGUACACAUAUGACAUAAAAAUAUUAAAAAAAAAAACAUUUUUUUUUCGUUUUGUGUUGAUUUAUGUUCAUUAGAAGUCAAUUAAUUAAUAGAGGCUUAUUUAUUUUUUUUUACUUUUAUGAAUUAAUUUUCUAUAUAAAUUGCUUUAGGGUUUAAUUUAUCAAUGUUUUGUUGUUGACUGUUCGAAAGCCGUAAAUAUUUUAGAAACAUUGAAAAAAUUUAGAAAAAGUUUUGACAGAAUCACUGAGUUACGAAACAGGUUUAAAUAUAUCAAAAA